AUGAUGUCCGAUGACUGGAACACCAUGGUAACCCGUGACUGGGAGACCCUACCCCGAUACACCGCCACAGGUUUGGAACGGGGCAUCAUGGCAAACCGUGUCUCAUACUUCUUUGAUUGGCAUGGCCCAAGCAUGACUCUUGACACUGCGUGCUCAAGUAGUCUGGUUGCUUUGGAUCUGGCCGUGCAAAUUGUGCGCAGUGGCAAGUCCAAUGUUGCCGUCGCAGCAGGAACAAACCUGAUUCUGAGUCCUGCAAUGUACGUCUCCGAAAGUAACCUUGGUAUGCUUUCCCCCAACGGCCGUUGUGCUAUGUGGGAUACCGCAGCCGAUGGAUAUGCUCGUGGCGAGGGCGUGGCUGCCGUCAUCGUGAAAACACUUUCUCAGGCACUUGCCGACAACGAUCCGAUCGAGUGUAUUAUUCGUGAGGUUGCCGUCAACCAAGAUGGUAAGACCUCUGGCCUGACGGUGCCCAGUAACGUGGCGCAGACUGCCUUGAUCCGCGACUGCUAUUCCCGGGCUGGACUCGAUCCCGUCAACAACCUCCAAGACAGACCUCAAUUCUUCCACGCCCAUGGCACUGGUACCCAGGCCGGUGAUCCACAGGAAGCAGAGGCUAUCUCAAAUUCUCUCUUCCCUGUCGGAUCCCCUGCCGCCCAGGAUGCGGAGAACUUGUUUGUAGGUUCAAUCAAGACGGUUAUCGGUCAUACCGAGAGCACAGCCGGCCUCGCCAGCGUUAUCAGUACAUCACUUGCCAUGCAGAAUGGUGUUAUUCCACCGAACAUGCACUUUGCAAAUUUGAGUGAUCGCGUUGCACCCUUCUUCGAUCACUUGGAGAUACCUACAUCUCCAACUCCCUGGGCCGUCAAUCAUGGCCAGACGCGAAGAGCAAGCGUGAACAGCUUCGGCUUCGGUGGCACAAAUGCUCACUGCAUUCUGGAAGAAUACACGCAAAGACUCUUCUCAGCGGCCUCUGCACUGGCGUUGCGGCAAAUGAUUUCUGAUCAUCUCGAAUAUCUCAAAGGUCACCCAGAUGUUCCGAUUCUGGAAUUUGCUUACACCCUGCAAGACCGUCGCUCAACGUUGCCAUACCGGAAGGACAUUUUUGCUCCAACAGUCAAGGAUGCAAUUGUUGCACUUGAAGCUUUGGGUGCCACCGAUGCAGAAACUGAAGGCAUGAACACUCGAUUCAAAAGCCUCAACGGAUCCGCAAAGCUGUUGGGGGUAUUCACUGGCCAAGGCGCACAAUGGCCGCGAAUGGGAGCUCGCCUCAUUGUGUCGUCUCCGUUUGCUGCGUCGCGUAUUGCCGAGUUGGACAAUGCUCUCCAAACCAUUACUUCCGCUGAAGACCGACCCAGUUGGACAAUUCAUGAGGAGCUUCUCGCAUCGAAAGAAAGUUCUCGACUUGCGGAAGCAGCUCUGUCACAACCCCUGUGCUCGGCUGUGCAGAUUCUCCUGGUUGAUAUUCUUCGAGCAGCCGGAAUCACAUUUACAGCUGUAGUUGGUCACUCAUCGGGUGAGAUUGGAGCUGCUUAUGCUGCCGGUAUUGUCUCUGCCAAGGAUGCGGUCAGAAUAGCAUACUUCCGGGGUGUGCAUGCCAAACUAGCUGCCAGUCCCAGCCCCAAUGCUCCCCGCGGUGCUAUGAUGGCAGUCGCCGAAUCCCCAGAUGCGGCUCGGGUGAUUUGUGCCAAUGAUUUCCAGGGGCGCUUGCAGCUUGCAGCAAUUAAUUCUAGCUCCAGUGUUACGCUAAGUGGAGAUGAAGAUGCCAUUGACGCAGCCGAAAGUCUUUUGAAGGCGAAGGGCAUGUUUGCUCGCAAACUGAAGGUUGACACAGCCUACCACAGUGCUCAUAUGGCUUCCUGUGCCGACCCGUACUACGACUCGCUUCAGAAAUGCAAUAUUCAGCCCUUGCCGCAAUCAGCAGAGGCCGCACCUGUAUGGUAUCCAAGCGUUUACAACGGGGAGGUCAUGGAUCAAUCUCGUGUGACGAACCAAUAUUGGGUUGACAAUAUGUGUCAGACUGUUCUUUUUGCUGAUGCCCUGGUAGAGGCAGUGAAAAACAAUGGUCCUUUCGAUGUUGCCAUUGAGGUCGGUCCCCAUCCUGCUCUCAGAGGUCCCGCUACUACUACCAUCGACGGAGAGACCGCCACACCAUAUACCGGUGUUCUGGCUCGCGGUCAGAACGAUGUCGCCGAGAUUGGUAAAGCCCUUCGUUUCGUCUGGAGGCAAUGUGGUUCGAACAGCGUGCAGUUCUCUGCGGUGCAAAAAUUGCUGUCUGCCAAUGCCCAAAAGCCACUUGUCCUUGGUGACCUACCUCCGUAUCCUUUCACUCACCAAACCGACUACAGGACUGACAGUCGUCUUGCAAACCACUUCAAACACAGGAAUCCGGUUCAUGUCUCAAAUGCAGUCCUCGGAUCUCCUUGCGCGGAGGCGACCACCCCGGGAGAAUUCCAGUGGCGGAAUAUCUUGCAACAAAGCGAGAUGCCUUGGUUGAGUGGCCACGCACUGCAAGGCCAGACCGUCUUUCCGGCCACUGGAUAUGCUUCAAUGGCCCUCGAAGCUUUGAAAAAUAUCGCAUUUGAGCUACGACCUGGUGCUACAAUUUCCCUGGUCAAGCUUAUCGACCUGGAUAUUCCGCGCGCAAUCGCAUUCGAUGACGACGAUAUGAGCGUGGAAACAAUUUUCAGCGUAUCAUCGGUGACUUUAUUAGACGCCAAAAUGACUGCUGACUGGGCGUGCUAUUCCGCGGCGAGAGAUGGGACCAUUCAAUUGAAUGCCAAGGGAGGCGCGUUGGUGGAAAUGAGCUUCUCAAAGGCCGAUACACUGCCCAAUGCCAAGGCAGACCCUUACAACCUGGUUCCUGUUGAUGAAGACCAGUUCUAUGAGAGUCUGACCCGCGUGGGAUACAACUACGCCCACCCUUUCCGUGGCGUUUCGGACAUCCGUCGCAAACCCGGGUACAGCGUGGGUACCCUCUUCGAUCAGUCCGAAGAUGAUGAUCUUGUUCUUCACCCUGGGCUCUUGGAUUCAGCUCUUCAGACUGUGUUUGCGGCCUGGGCCUAUCCGGGUGAUACCCAGUUGUGGUCUCUCCACGUUCCAGUGUCAUUUUCUAGCAUUACCAUCAACCCGUACUUUACACCUCUCGGUGAUGCCGGCAAACAAGCCACCAUGGAAUACGAGUCUUCUGUCCGUGAGCAGUCAGCAGCAGGCAUUACUGGAGAUGUUUAUCUCUAUACCGAUGAUUCGAAAUACGCGUUCGUUCAAUUCCAAGGUGUGAAGCUUGUUCCUUUUGCACCUGCGGUGCCCAAGAAUGACAUGCCUAUGUUUUCUUGUUUUGGCUACGCAAUUGCGGUGCCCGACGGACAGCUUGCUGGGGCUGGCGAGACAUUGAGCGACUAUGAGGUCCAGCUUUACAAGGACGUCGACAGAAUCUCGUACUGGUACCUCCGCAACGCGUCACUUUCAAUUCCUGCCAAAGACCGUAGCGGUCUUCUAUCGCAUUACCAGAGAUACCUGGCUUGGUGCGACCGCAUGGUUAGCAUGGUCUGCAGUGGUAGUCACAACAAGGUGCCUGCUUCAUGCAACAAUGAUAAUCGUUCCGACAUCGAAGAGAUUCUUGCUUGUUAUUCCGACCGAAAGGAUGUCCGCUUCGUUCAGGUUGUCGGUGAUAAUCUGGUUCAAACUAUCAAUGACGGCAACUCGAUGUUAGAACAUAUGAACCAGGACGGUCUUCUUCGUGCUUUUUACGAAGAAGGUGCAAUUUGCUCCGGUCCGACCGGUCGCUGGCUUGCUAGGGUUCUCGCUCAAAUUUCGAAGAUUCACCCAGGCCUGAAUAUUUUUGAAGUUGGCGCGGGUACCGGAGCCACUACCUCUGCAGUUUUGGAUGCCCUGGAAGGCCGUUAUGGAUCGUACACAUUCACUGACAUUUCGAGCGGAUUUUUCAUGGCGGCUGAAGAGCGAUUCGGUCAACAAAAUGCCCACCGUAUGACGUUCAAGACAUUUGAUAUGGAGAAGGAGCCUGAAACCCAGGGAUUCUCAGAUGCGUCUUAUGAUGUGGUAGUCGCUGUAAAUGUGCUGCAUGUUUCUGCUGAUAUUAAAGCAUCUCUCUCGAACGUCCGACGCUUACUGAAGCCUGGUGGCUUCCUUGUCACAGCUGAGCUGACUUCCACAGACCUUUUUUUCAGUGGCAUGACCGUCGGCACACUCCCUGGCUGGUGGAUUGGAGCUGAAACGGGUCGCCCUUGGGGUCCGCUGUUUACACUGGGACAGUGGGACAGUGUGCUCAAGAGCACGGGCUUUGCUGGAAUUGACACCGUUAGUCCCGACAUUAGCGCUUCUCUGCCCAUGAGCGUUUUCGUGGCUCAAUCAGUAGAUGAUCGGGUGUCAUUGCUGCGCAGCCCUCUUUCCGUCAAAGUCCACCCUGCCGGAAUUCGAACCGAUGUCCUAGCGAUCAUCGGUGGAAUGACAUGGCCGGUGUACAAACUCAGCCAGGAAAUUUACGAGUCCAUGGGUAGUCGCUUCCAGUCCAAACGGCUGUUCAACACAGUGGAAGAUUUUGCUAAAUCCGACUUGGCCAAGAUGACUGAGGGAUCCAGAGGAGUCACAAUUCUGUCCCUUGCCGAUCUUGACCGACCAUACCUGGAAGAUUUGACGGCCGACAAACUGGACAGUCGCAAGACGUGCACGAAUGCCGGUGUCUUGAUUUGGGUGACAUGUGGCUCCCGCGAUGAUCAGCCUUAUAGCUCCAUGAUGACUGGCAUUGCUCGCACCAUCCGCACGGAGAGUCCUGGGUUGAACAUCCUGAUGUAUGAUCUGGAUCCCACUGUGCAGAACGGAAUCCAUUCGAGCACGGCAGCUGAUUUAUCUGCGACUGUGCACCGCCAAGUGGCUCUGGCUAACUGGGGUACCGAUUCCAUGCUCUGGUCACUAGAGCCCGAUAUUUACAUUCAGAACGGACGUCAGCUGUUCUCUCGCAUUGUUCCCGACCGCGAGAAGAAUGACAGAUACAACUCCCAGCGACGCAACAUCCUGGCUCCCGCUAACCUUUAA